AGAUUAUCCUCAUAUAGUCUUCUCUAAUGAGUUGUCAAUCAUGAAAGUAGGAAUUGUGGAGUCAAUUAUUCAUCAGUAUAACUCUACAAAUGACAAAGUUUCUUUUCAUUUUGAUUUUAAGUUUGGGUGGUCCUUGCCUGGGUUGUUACCAUAAUCAUGACUGUUCAUCAGGGAAAUAUUGUGAUGCUCUUGCUGGAUAUUGCCUGGACUGUAGCUGUUGUUGUCAACACCAGAUAGACAGACAAGAAUUUGUUGACAAAUGUUCAGAGGAAAUGAAACCAUUUCAGUGGUGCUUUGAACCCAAACAUGGAUCUGAAUGCUCCUGUGAUUUUACAACCCCUGCAUUGCCAGUCAGCAAUAACAUAAGCACCACUCACAGCAGUAGUGAGACCAGUAGUAACACGAUCAGUACUCAGCAGCAGUCAACAGGUACGAUAACAAAACUGACCACCAUAUACCCUGCAGUGCCUGGAAACAGUAAUUGGUUUAAAGAUAAUGAGGUUAUAAUUAUAAUUAUGUCAAUUCUGAUGAUACUAGUAGUAGUCAUAUGUGGUAUAGUUUGUAAACGAUCAUGCAAUAGGCGAUUACGCAGAACAACAAAAUAUGAUGAAAUCCCAACAAGUACCGGGGACAAUCCAAGUAAUGUGCAUGAUAUGGCUAACAGAACUGAUAUCGAUUCAAUGGACAACCAUGUAAAGGUAUUACCACAUAUAUCACCAGAAUCAACAAAUACACAGUCUCCAACAAGUACAACCCCAGUGCGAGGUGCAACGGUUAAAAAGGAAGCCGAGACAAGCAAUGGCCAACAACUUAUCAAUUCAAAUCAAAGUCAAAUUUCAAUACAUGUUAAUACUCUAAAUAUUGGCACGAUAGGGGACAGUACAGUGAAUAUUGUAUCAGAUAGUACAAUUUAUAGUUAA